GUUCGCCUCUACCUUUCUCGUUGUUUGGAACCUCUCCGACGUCGGGAGUUCCGGGAAGUGAGAGGUUUUCAUGUGCGGUUUAACUUCAUGCUAUUGUUAUUUGAGGAAUCCACAACCUGUGUGCGCCGGAGAAGAAAACUGGGUGGAUAAUCGGACAGUUUAUAUCGGACAUCGUGAACCCCCUCAUGGCACGGAUGCUUAUAUUCUACAAAAAUAUCCUGAUAACAGAAUUGUAUCUUCAAAGUACACCUUCUGGAACUUCAUUCCCAAAAACUUAUUUGAACAGUUCAGAAGAAUUGCGAACUUUUAUUUUCUAAUCAUAUUUCUUGUGCAGUUAAUCAUUGAUACUCCAACCAGUCCGGUAACAAGUGGACUUCCAUUGUUCUUUGUCAUCACUGUGACAGCAAUCAAACAGGGUUAUGAAGAUUGGCUUCGGCAUAAAGCAGAUAAUGCAGUGAAUAAAUGUCCUGUUCACAUCAUCCAGGCCGGAAAGCUGGUUCAAACACAGAGCAGCAAACUGCAGGUCGGUGACAUUGUGAUGACCAAAGAGAAUGAAACUUUCCCCUGUGACAUGGUCUUCUUAUCGUCAAGUAGCGACGAUGGGACAUGUUUUGUCACUACAGCAAGCUUGGAUGGAGAAUCAAGUACAAAGACAUAUCAUGCUGUUCAAGAAACGAAGUCUUUGCGGACUGAGGCAGAAUUGGACACUUUGAAUGCCACAAUUGAGUGUGAGCAGCCCCAACCUGAUCUGUACAAUUUUGUUGGUCGAAUCAAUAUUUACCAUGAGUCAGAGGGGCCAAUUGCAAGGCCUUUGGGAUCGGAGAAUGUGCUGCUGAGAGGAGCAACAUUAAAAAAUACACAAUCAGUUUAUGGUGUGGCAAUAUACACGGGCAUGGAAACCAAGAUGGCACUGAAUUAUCAAUCCAAAUCACAGAAGCGUUCUGCUGUAGAAAAAUCAAUGAAUGCAUUCCUGGUUGUAUACCUGUGCAUUUUGAUCAGUAAAGCUUUGAUAACUACAGUCUUGAAGUAUGUAUGGCAGAGUGAUUCCAUGAGAGAUGAGCCUUGGUUUAACAAGAAAACGUCGAUAGAACGCCAGAAAAAUAAGUUCUUGUCAUCGUUUACAGAUUUUCUGGCCUUCAUGGUUCUGUUUAAUUACAUCAUUCCAGUCUCCAUGUAUGUUACUGUGGAGAUGCAGAAGUUCCUGGGCUCCUACUUCAUUACUUGGGACGAGGAAAUGUUUGAUGAUGAAGUUUAUGAGGGACCAACAGUGAAUACAUCAGAUCUGAAUGAAGAAUUAGGGCAGGUUGAAUAUGUUUUCACAGAUAAAACGGGAACCUUGACAGAGAAUAACAUGGAGUUUAUCGAGUGCUGUAUUGAUGGCCACGUGCACGUGAACCAGUCUCUGUCCAAUGGCCAGAGCUUCUACAGCGACGCAGCAAUUGAUUUUAUUGAUGCACCCGUUGCAUUCGUGGAUCAGGGAAGAGAGGAGCUGUUUUUCCGUGCACUUUGUCUUUGCCACACGGUCCAGGUGAAGAAGGAAGACCAAACUGAUUGUCCAAAGCAGCGCCAGGAAUGUCGGAGAUCCUCGGUUUAUAUUUCCUCCUCACCAGAUGAGAUUGCUCUGGUGGAAGGUGUGAAGAGGUAUGGAUACACAUUUCUGCAGCUAAAAGACAAUUUUAUGGAGAUUGAGAAUGCAGAAGCUAUACUUGAAAGGUAUGAAUUGCUCGAAAUAUUGAACUUCGACUCUGUGAGACGGAGGAUGAGCGUCAUCGUUCGAUCAGAAUCGGGAGAAAUAAUACUGUUCUGUAAAGGAGCUGACUCGUCCAUUUUUCCCCGGGUAAAGGAGGGAAAGCUUGAGCUGGUCCAGCAGCGAGUACAACGUAAUGCAGUGGAAGGACUGCGAACAUUAUGUGUGGCGUACAAAGUUCUUAGCUGUGAAAAGUACAAAGAGGUUCACACACUCCUUCAGAAUGCAAAGCUGUCUCUCCAGGACAGGGACAAGAAACUUGCUGAAGCUUACGAUGUGGUUGAAACGGACCUUAAUUUACUGGGAGCAACAGCAGUAGAAGACAGACUACAAGACAAGACUGCUGAGACUGUAGAAGCUUUGCAAAAGGCUGGAAUUAAAGUCUGGGUUCUCACAGGAGACAAAAUGGAAACGGCUGCAGCCACAUGCUAUGCAUGCAAGCUUUUCAGAAGAACUACAGAACUCUUUGAGUUGACAACUAAACGAAUAGAAGAGCAAAAUUUACAUGAUGUGCUCUUUGACUUGAGUAGAACAAUUCUGAGACAAAGCGAUACUUUGCGGAGAGACAGUUAUUCAGGGUUUUCUCAGAAUGAUUUACACGAUUAUGGUCUGAUCAUCGAUGGGGCCACGCUGUCACUUGUCCUGAAACCUGCAGAGAGUGGCAGUACAAGCAACUACAAGGAUAUUUUCCUGGAAAUAUGCCGGCAUUGUAGUGGCGUCUUAUGCUGCAGAAUGGCGCCUCUACAGAAAGCACAGAUAGUUAAACUGAUAAAAGCUUCAAAAGAACACCCCAUAACCUUGGCAAUUGGUGAUGGUGCAAACGACGUCAGUAUGAUACUGGAAGCUCACGUCGGAAUAGGUAUUUUGGGAAAGGAAGGUCGACAAGCUGCACGGAACAGUGAUUAUUGCAUUCCCAAGUUCAAACAUCUCAGGAAGCUGUUGCUUGUCCACGGCCAUUUUUAUUAUGUUCGAAUUGCUGAACUCGUCCAGUAUUUCUUCUACAAGAAUGUUUGCUUCAUAUUUCCUCAGUUUUUAUACCAAUUCUUUUGUGGAUUUUCUCAGCAGCCAUUGUAUGACACUGCCUAUCUUACACUGUACAACAUCAGCUUCACCUCUCUUCCUAUCCUGCUCUACAGCCUGAUGGAACAACAUGUCAGUAUCGAUGCUCUAAAAAGAGACCCAACGUUGUAUAGGGAUAUUGCCAAAAACUCCUUGUUAUGUUGGAAGCCGUUCCUUUACUGGACGUUCCUGGGAGUGUUUGAUGCUGUGGCAUUUUUCUUUGGUGCUUAUUUUCUAUUUGACCACUCGAUGAUGACCAGCAAUGGGAAGGUGUUUGGAAACUGGACCUUUGGCACGCUGGUCUUCACUGUACUGGUUUUUACAGUAACUCUUAAGCUUGCACUGGACACCCAUCACUGGACAUGGAUAAACCACUUCGUGAUAUGGGGUUCUCUGGGGUUUUACAUCGUAUUUUCUCUGCUCUGGGGAGGUAUUAUCUGGCCUUUCUUGGAUUACCAGACAAUGUACUAUGUCUUCAUACAGAUGCUCUCGGCAGGACCAGCCUGGUUAGGGAUUACACUACUACUGACUGUCAGCCUUCUUCCAGAUGUUGUUAAAAAGGUCAUCUGCAGGCAGCUUUGGCCAACAGCAGCAGACAGAGUUCAGGAGAUCUUAAGGAAAUCCAAGAAGUUAGAAUUCACCCCACUUGCUCCUGCUCAGACUUCCAUCUACACAAACAACAUGCACAGAUCCCACGAAGAAGGGACGCCUCUCUCUAAUCCAAAUCCAGGAAAGGUGACGCAUACAUAUUGGACAGAGGAUGAAUAUUGUAACAGUCUAUCAAUGUUCGACUAUUCUGGUAAUGACGGCCCUUCCAAUCCUCGCCCUGUGUUUGUUGGAUCUGGUCUGGAAACGCCAGUAUAGAAGUGAAUAUCGUUGAAUACUGUGAUUUUGAGUUUAAUUAUUUCUUGUUUUAGUAAAACAAAUACUAUUGGGUUCAAGAUCCAUUUUCAUAUUAAGCGUUCAUAUUUGUUUUCAAGUGUACAGUAAUAUGACAUUCUAUAUUCUGCCUGGGUUGGUGUGUCCUACAAAAUACACAGUCCGGUACUGUGUGGCUGGAGCCAUUACACAACUGUAUUAUCCUUUCAUUUUCUGCGGAACUCUGCUUUGUCAUCCAGUAAUAUUCAAGCAUUGAAACAUUCAACAAACUGAUCAUCAUCUUAUCAAGAAGGGGACUUCAAUGGAAGGAUAGUUUCGUUCAUUGUUCACCGUGUCUGUCAAAGUUCCUUUAUAUUCAUCCUUUAAUAAAGCUUACUUUGACUUUCUAUGUAAACAAAAUUCUCUGCAGUUCAUCAAGAAAUCGCUGUUAAUUUGCUGUCUCUAAUUGGUUCAUGCAAACAGCAAAUGAACUCUGGUGCCAUUUUCAGCAUUGUCCAGAAGCAACUGUUUGCUGGUUACUUUAAUUUCUGGGGUGCUAUUACAUUAAAAUGACAUUAACUGCA